AUGCUAGAGCUAAAGGAUGAGUCAGAGGAGGAACUUUCAGAAGAAUUAUGUGACCUGGAAGCCGCAGCUGUUUUCCCGGCAUCCUGUCUCCAACGCUUGGACAGCACAGAUUGGAAAGAGCGCUUUUCUGCCUUGGAGACCUUGCAGAAGACUGUGGAAGGGAUGGAAAAGCACCAGAUGCCUUGCCAAUCGUUAGUACGGUUACUGGAUAGAGGACUGGGAUGGAACGACACCAAACUCCAUGUGAUUCAGAAGAAGCUGUCUAUUGUCACCCUCACUGCUCAAAGGGGGAACUUCUCCAGAACUGCAGCUCGGCUUGUUUUGGGAAAGUUAGUGGAGAAGAUUGGGGAUAUAAUCUGCAGCAAGGACACCAAAAUAGCUCUAACUGCCGUGGCAGAAGCAUGUGGAUUGCCUUGGACAGCAGAGCAGGUUGCCAAGGCUGCUUUCUUGCAGGAGAGCCCCAGGACCCACACGGAAACGUUCAACUGGCUGACUGGGGCCAUCAAGGAGUUUGGCUUUGCAGGCAUGGAAGCCAAGAACCUCAUUAGCUAUAUCAAAACUGCUCUGGCUGCCAUCCACCCAGAGGAGAGGGCUUCUGCUUUCCACCUCCUAGGAGUCAUGUACCUGUAUGUAGGACUCCCACUGAGGACCUUCUUUGAGAAUGAAAAGUCACCUCUCCUCUAUCAGAUAGAUGUUGAGUUUGGGAAGGUACAUGGCCAGAGACCACCCCUUCCAACUCGUGGCUUCUACAAGUCCAACAAAGAUAGUGCGAGUGACCAGAGAGGAGGUGAUGCCCAGCCUGUCAGGGAGAACGAUGCUGUUGAUAUCCGGAAGAAGAUCUCAUGGGAGCUGAUGGCGAAAAUGCAGGACCCGAACUGGAAGGUGCGCAAGGACGGGUUGGAGGACUUGUCUAGGAUCCUCAGCAAUGUUGAUGCCAUCCAGCCCAACAUCGGGGAGCUCUCAAACAUCUUGAAGGCAUGUUUGCAUGACUCCAAUAAAGCCCUUGUGAAGCAGACCUUGAUUGUGCUCCAACAGUUGGCCAGGGCCAUGGGACCAGGUCUUCGGCAUCAUGUCAAGUCUCUGGGAAUGUCCAUCAUUGCGAUCUUGAGAGACAACAAGAGCAACCUGAGAACAAUGGCUCUUACAACUGUGGAAACCUGGGCUGAACAGACUGGCAUGAAGGAUUGGUUGGGAGGGGAAGAUCCCACAACUGAUAUGAAGAAGGACUAUAUCAACCACAAGCAAGGGAUUCUGGGCUGGCUGGCUGAAAAACUGCCUUCUCCCUGUUAUGGUUCUGUCUCUGCAGACUUGUUUCGUUGUGUGCCUCACCUCUACGCAGAUCUGGAGGACAUGAAUGAAGAAAAGAGCAUGGCAGCCCAUGAUGCUCUGCCUUUCUUCCUUCUCCACCUGGGUUUUGAGAAGAUGUCUGAAGCUGCCAGCAAACUGAAGCCAGCUUCCCAAGACCAGGUAUUAGUGAUGCUAGAGAAGCUCAAAGUAGGAAAUUCCACCAAGCCCCAGAUCCGCUUCUCCAAGUCCCUUCCCAAGCUCCCAACGAGCAAAUGUUGGUUCAAGUCAACCAUGACUUUGGCUAAGGAGUGCAACCCACCUUCUUCUUUCCUUCCUGAAACUUUGGCGUCCAGUGAAUUGAGCUUGGAGGUCAGAAAAGCCAAAUCAGAAGGCACUGUCCUCAAAGUGAAGAAGCUUCAAAAUAUGAAGAUGCAAGCAAACUUUGGCAUGAAAGAAGAGAGCCCCAAGCUGGGCCACAUUUUCAUCCUGAUUCCUAAGGCCAAAGAACAAAGGGCAAAGGAUGAGAAGGCUCUGAGGGUGCUGAGGUGGAACUUUAGUACUCCAAGUAGCAAGUACAUUGAGCAGCUCAAGGCUCAGAUGAGUGGUUGUAUUGCCAACUGGUUACAGGAGGAGCUGUUUCACUCCAAUUUUCAGCAUCACAUUAAAGCUCUCAACGUGAUGGCCAAGCACUUGGAAGCGGAGCGGGAAGGGGCCAUCAGCUGCUUGGACCUUUUACUGAAAUGGCUCAGCUUGCGUUUGUUCGAUACCAACACAUGGGUGCUCAUGAAGACCUUAGACUACCUGAAAAGACUCUUUGAUCUGCUGAUUGAAGAAAAGUAUGAGCUCAUGGAGAACGAAGCCUCCUCCUUCCUCCCCUACCUUCUCCUAAAAAUGGGGGUGGCCAAGGAGUCCAUCCUGAAAGAGGUGCGGGCCAUUGUGAAGCAGGUAACGGUGGUUUACCCAGCUUCAAGGACCUUCUGUUACCUCCUGGAAGGAGCCCAGGCCAAGAAUGCCAACCAACGGGUGGGGUGCUUGAAAGAGUUGGGGUGGCUGCUCAAGGCAUACGGCCCAGAGGUCUGCCAGCCAAACCCAAAGAAAGCACUGAAAACAAUCAUCACGUUGAUAGGGGAUUCAAACAACGCUGUUCAUAAUGCUGCCUUGAAAGUCAUUGGAACUGCCCGAGAUGUAUUUGGAGUUGAAGCCUUCAAGAUCAUUGGAAACAUAUCUGACAAACACAUGAGUUCCUUGGAAGGGAAUAUAAAAGCAGCUGAAGCCAAGCACGGAAGAGAGGACAAAGGGGGCAGCCUAUUCUUCCAUCUGGCUGCUAGGCAGGGAUCCCCAGACUCCUUCAAACAGAAUUAUGGAAGUGACUACUGCACAGAUGAUGAAGAAGAUGAAGAGGAGGUUGAAAACGAAUAUGCCGACGAAGAAGAAAAUUUCGUUUCUCCUCCUGACCACUUCGAGGUGGAGAAUGCUGGUGAAAUGGUCUUCUGCAACAAUCCAAGACUAGAGAAGCAACUCCUCCAAAGUGUAACAUUUGAGCCUCAGACCAAGAUGAGGAGUCCCCCCAACAUCAAUAUGAUCAUCUGCCAGGCAGCCAGUGGCAACAUCAGCACCUGCAUUGAGGCCCUAUUGCUGAUCCAAACGAUUCUGCGGCAGGAGGACAAAGUAGAAAUCAUGUCUGGCCACAUCAACCAAUUCUUGAUAGCAGUAGUCCAGCAGCUGAAAUUCCUCCAUCGGCUCUAUGUGACGGCAGAGGAGGAGAUGAGAAGGGAGCAGGUCCUAGAGCUUUACAGCCGUGUCAUUUGUAGCAUGAUCGCCCUCUUCCAGGUGGACAGACUGGCCAGGGAAGCUUCUGCAGGGGUUCUGAAGGACCUGCUGUGCAGCCUGGUCACCCUCAUGCUGGACUCCCCGGUUGAAGAACAUCAAGAAGGGCACAAAAUUAGCCAAGCAGUCAACCUCUUGGUCACCAAAGUCUUGCAGAAAUCUGAUCAGACCAGGCUAUUCAGUUCUUUGCUGCUUCUCCUCUGCGAAGGCAUGACAGCCAACACAAAUCUCUUUGCCUUUUCAGAAAUGGUGGCCAAGUGUUUGUGGCAUAUCACCAAGCGCCUCCCAGAAACCAUUGACUGUAUCAAUUUGGAUCAGGUCCUCUUAGAUACUCACAUCUUCAUGAAGACUUGGCCCAAGGAAAAAUUGAAGAAGUACCAAAGCGGCUAUCCUUUCCGGGCAGUGAAGGCUCUUUUGCACAUCAUUUGCAAGCUGAAGGGAGACGAGGUCUUGGAUCAUCUCAUUCUUAUAGAAGACACAGAUGAGUCUGAGUUGGAAGCCCACCUAUUCAAACUUCUAGGGUACUCUAAAGAAGAGCAGAUUACCACCACUGACGAGGACAAAGGCUCUUCCUGUCCAGCAGAGGAGAAAACUGAUGGCACCCUGACCGAGAUCUUCAAGAAGAUCAACUCCAAGGAGACAGCCAGGACAGGCCUUGAGGAGCUGUAUAGGUACAAAGAGAAACAUCCCGAUGCAGAUUUGGAGCCAUUCCUGAAGACUUGCUCUCUCCUCUUCCGGAGUUAUGUCAAGCAUGGCUUGGCCGUUAUGUCCAACGAUAGAGAAUCCAGACAUAAAUAA